AUGUACACAAAGGUUAAAGGUGACAAAAAAGCCCUAUUAUCUAUACUCUUUAUAGUGCUUUGUAUCGGUAUUGCUUUUGCAUCAGGAGUUAUAUUUUCUUAUAUGGCUGAUAAUGGUUGUUCAAAAGUUUUUAUUGUUGUAGCUUGCUUCAGCUUCUUUUAUUUUGGUGCAAAUCUUUUACUCUUUAUUUCACCUAGGGCUUGGGAAAGAGAAGCAAAUGUAUUCUGGCUAUUUUUAUUCCUUGGAGUCUUAGUUGUUUCUUUAGUUGGAUUAGGUUAUUCAAUUGCAUAAUCUGCUUGUGAUCUCACUAUUUGUGGAAGAGAUUUCUAAAACCAUGCUGAUGAUUUUUGGUCUUACUUCAAUGGUAAUAGCAAAAAGAAAAAUUUUGAAGACCGUGUCUGUGGUAACACCAGUGAUGAUUAUAUUACAGGAAUGGUUGUAGCUGCUAUGGGAACCUAUGAGUAAACUUGCACUGGAACAACAUUCUAUAUGAAGAGAGGAUGGCCUAUUUCUUUCACUGUCUUGUAAUCAUUAGUUAGUUUAAUCCAAUUUAUAUUGACUUUCACAAACUUAUAUACUUGUGGUGGUUGCAAGCCUAAGCCUGUCAAUAAAGGUGUAUCUUAUUGA